AUGUCAGUCAGAAGCCAACCGUCUGAAAAGGUCGACCCUGCGCCUCUCGGCCAGCCCCUCGAGUUCGAGUUCAGCGGCAAGGUCGCCAAGAACCGCUUCCUCAAGGCCGCCAUGUCCGAGCUGCAGGCCAGCUGGGACGCCAAGGACCUCACCAAGCGCGGCAUCCCGCCCAAGGAGCUCGUCGAGCUGUACCGGCGAUGGGGCGAGGGCGGCUUCGGAGUCAUCCUGCUCGGCAACACCAUGAUCGAGUACGACCAGCUCGAGAACGCCGGCAACCACAUCAUCCCCCGGGACGCCCCCUUCUCCGGCGAGCGGUUCGAGCGGUUCAAGGAGAUUGCCGCCGCGGCCAAGGCCCACGGCUCCCUUGUGUACCCGCAGCUGAGCCACCCGGGGCGACAGGUUCAGGAGUACAUCCAGCCGAACCCCAUUUCUGCCAGUGACGUUCAGCUUGUGGGCUCGGCCUUUGGAUCGUUUGCCAAGCCGAGGCCGAUGGAGAAGGAGGACUUUGAGAAUGUCAUCAAUGGCUUUGCCCACGCGGCCGAGUACUGCUACAAGGCUGGCUUUGAUGGUGUACAGCUUCACGCCGCACAUGGCUACCUCCUGGCUCAGUUCCUGGCGCCGUCGACCAACCGGAGAGACGACGAGUACGGCGGCCCUCUGCAGAACCGCUCCAGGCUCAUCUUUGACAUCACAAAGGCCAUCCGCGCCCGCGUGCCGGACAAGUCCUUUAGUCUCGCCAUCAAGCUCAACAGCGCCGAGUUCCAAAAGGGCGGCUUCUCGCCCGAGGAGUGCAGAGAGCUCUGCGCCGAGCUCGAGAAGAGCGGCUUCGACUGGGUCGAGCUGUCCGGCGGCACCUACGAGGCCCUUGCCUUUGAGCACAAGCGGGAGACUACCGUCAAGCGGGAGGCCUUCUUCAUCGAGUUUGCCGAGAUGAUUGUUCCCCAGCUGAAGAAGACCAAGGCGUACGUCACUGGCGGCCUGCGGACGGCGGCUGGUAUGGUCAAGGCGCUGGAGUCGGUUCACGGAAUCGGUUUGGGACGACCGGCUGCUCACGAGCCUGAGCUGCCGCAGAAGAUCCUCGAUGGGGUUGUUGAGGGGGCCAUCAAGCCGGUGUUUGGCGAGAGCAACUUUAUGUUGACCAACAUGGCUGCUACUGCACAAAUGAAACUGAUUGGCCAGGGCUAUGAGCCUCUCGACUUCAGCCGGCCGGAUCAUGAAAAGGUCUUUACCGCGGCUUUGGGCAAGUGGAUGGAGCUUAGCAAGACAAAGGGUCCGCAGGGUCCGCCUUCAAUUGAGGGUUUUGAGUUGAAGCCUUAUGGAACUGCCUACUAA